CUCCGGUCCGACCGGUUGGUUACCUGUGGACGGGUGAGGCGGCGUCGCCGGGACCUGCUGGCCGCAGCCGCGCUGGGGUUCUCUGGUUUCUUGCUGAGCUGUGAGCACAGCUCUGCAUCGCCUGCCCCGUGAGCCAGCCGCUGUCAGGUGGAGAAGGUCCAGCGGUGGGUCACCUGUGAAUGAGUAACCCGUCGGAGGUGCCCUUUGGGGCUAAAGAGCGGAGGCCGUGUCCCACAGACUCGGGAACCAUGAAUGUGUUUGAUCGGAAGAUCAAUUUUGAUGCGCUCUUCAAGUUUUCCCACAUAACCCCCUCGACACAGCAGCACCUGAAGAAGGUCUAUGCCAGCUUUGCCCUCUGUAUGUUUGUGGCGGCUGCCGGGGCCUAUGUCCAUGUGGUCACUCACUUCAUUCAGGCUGGCCUGCUGUCCGCCCUGGGCUCCCUGGGGUUGAUGAUGUGGCUGAUGGCGACCCCUCAUAGCCAUGAAACUGAGCAGAAAAGACUGGGACUUCUGGCUGGAUUUGCUUUCCUUACAGGAGUUGGCCUGGGCCCUGCUCUGGAGCUGUGCAUUGCCAUCAACCCCAGCAUCCUGCCCACUGCCUUCCUGGGCACGGCCAUGAUCUUCACCUGCUUCACCCUGAGCGCUCUGUAUGCCAGACGCCGCACCUACCUCUUCCUGGGAGGUAUCUUGAUGUCAGCCAUGAGCCUGAUGCUCUUGUCUUCCUUGGGUAACCUUUUCUUUGGAUCCAUUUGGCUGUUCCAGGCAAAUCUGUACAUGGGGCUGGUGGUCAUGUGUGGCUUUGUCCUUUUUGAUACUCAACUCAUUAUUGAAAAGGCUGAAAAUGGAGAUAAGGAUUAUAUCUGGCACUGCAUUGACCUCUUCCUGGAUUUCAUUACUCUCUUCAGGAAGCUCAUGAUGAUCCUGGCCAUGAAUGAGAAGGACAAGAAGAAAGAGAAGAAGUGAGCGCACGGCCCUCCCGCUCCACUCCCUCGCCCUCAUCCCCCCUCGCACUCGUUACAGGUGGCGUGCUCUGUGAUAAUGAAAAGCAUCAGAAAAGCUUUUGUACUUUGUGGUUUUCUCUAUUUUGGAUUUUUUGAUCAACAAACUGAUUAGCAGAACAUA